AUGGACUUUGACGACGAGCCCCAGGAGAGCGGAAUUAUAACAUCCUCCCCUGUCGCUACCCAGCCAGCUGCCGCCGAGGUGGCCCCGCCAAAGCCGCCCCGACCCCUGAACCCAAGAGAACAGUCGGAAACCACCCUUAGGGAGGCAUUCCCAAGCAUCGAGCCUGGUGUAAUCAAAGCGGUCUUGACCGCAAGCAAUUGGAAUGUCGAGCGGGCAUUCAAUGCCCUCUUAGGUAUGACUGACCCCAAGGCUCAAGAAGAAAUGACACCACCGCCAAAGCCGCCGCGCCCAACCCAACAGAGCACUGCUUCACAGCGACAACUGGAAGCCGAUGAAAUGUAUGCACGUCAAUUAUCCGAGCACUACAAUGCGACAAGCCGUCGCGCACCGCCCCCGGGCUGGGAGAGUGACCCCCGAUACCAGCGACCUAGAGGAAGCGAGGAUUCUGAUGAGAGAGAGAGAGAAUACAGCUUCUUUGAUGACGAUCUACCCUUGAUCCGUGAAAACCUCCGUAAGGGCUUCCUGGAGACACAGAGUAAGGUUAACUCGUGGGUAACGAACCUGAAGAAGAGGAUUGAUGGAGAUGAUUUGGACGAGGAACCCACCCUGAAUCAUAGAGAGACUUCCGCUCAUGCCCGGCCCCGACGUAGUGGUGAAAUGGGCCGUCGCAGUGGAGAUCGUGAGCGCUACGACGCAGAUCCGCUAGUUUUCACCGAUGAUUUCUCUGCUCUCGAGUUGAGGGAUGGUGAUGCUCCUCCGGCUCGCCCUCGUCCGGGCCAAUCCAGCUUUAAACCCUCCAUGUCUCCUUCGCCAGACAGGCGCAAGGUGUCUUUCCAGGAUGGACCACCUACCGAGAUAGACAGUAUUUACGAUGCCUCCACUCCAUCCAAGCGUCUCGGCUCAACGGGCAGCAAGGCGAGCAAAUGGCAGCCAUUGUCCGCUGUCGAGCCUUCGCCCGUCGCGGAGAACGACCCCUUCAGCCUGGGCGAUAGCGAUGAUGAGAAGGAAAUUAAGGAGACUAAGACUAACGAUCAAACCACUGGCUCGCAAGGCGAUCAACUCAAGCACGCUACUGUCGAGUCAGUGUCCGACGCAGUGGGCUCCUCUAAGAACCAGGAGACCAAGGGCGUGAGUAAGCCCGACGAGUCCAAAUAA